AUGGAGACUCUGUGUCCUCCUGCCCGCCUGGCAGUGCCCGCGUCUCCGCGGGGGUCUCCUUGCUCGCCCACGCCCCGGAAGCCGCGUCGGGGGACCCCGGAGUUCUCCCCGCUGUGCCUACGUGCCCUCGCCUUCUGCGCCCUUGCCAAACCUCGGUCGUCCGCCCGGGGCCUGGGGCCUGAAGAGCUGGCGCCGCGGACCCCGGUGCUGUUGGACCCCCGGGCCUCGCCAUGCACCGGCGGCCGGGCCGCGGAUAGCCUGAAGCACCUCGGGGGACAGGCCGGGCGACCGAACGACGUGAGCUCCGGGGUCCGCGAGGAUGCAGACAUCGCGGUGUGCCCAGGCGGAGGAGAGGAGGAAGAGGGCGGAGGCGGCUUCCCGCACUUCGGAGCUGGUUCCUGCGCACCUCCCAGCCGCUGCCCUGCUCCCCGGCGUCCUCGGGAAUCUCCGACCAGCUCCUCCUGGUCCCCGCCCAGGCCAGCCCCGGGUCUGGAGUCCCAGCCUGAUGGAGCCAGCAGUCCGCCUGAUGAGCAUAGCUCCCGGCCUCCGCCGCCACCUGCGGGCCUCUCCCCGGAACCUGCGUCUCCGGAGCAGCCUAUGCCGGGCUCGGCGGCUGCAGAGGGUGGAGACCCUGCUCCGGCCGCGCCCGAGGCACCCGCGCUCAGCCCCUCGACGGCAGACGCAGCGCCGGACGCGCGUGAUCUCCGCCAGGAACAUUUCAAUCGCCUGAUCCGCCGCUCGAAACUUUGGUGUUACGCGAAGGGCUUCGCCCUGGACACUCCAAGUUUGCGCCGAGGGCCGGAGCGGCCGGCAGCCAAAGCCCGGGGAGCAGCCAAGAAACGCCGGCGGCCGGCGCCGCCCCCGCGCAGCGUGCAGCCCCGCCGGCCCGCCCCGACGCUCCCCACCUCGAGCACCUUCAGCCUCCUCGACUGCUUUCCCUGUCCCCCAGCCCUGGUGGUGCAGGAGGACGGAGACUUAGGGCCGGCUUCCUCGCUUCGCCUCCAGGGAGACGCAAAGCCUCCGCCUGCUCACCCGCUGUGGAGGUGGCAGAUGGGAGGGCCCGCUGUCCCCGAGCCCCCGGGCCUCAAAUCCUGGUGGGUCAACUUGGAAGAACCCUGAGCUUUCGACCUAUUCUACCCAGGAGCAUGUUGGGGCCCCGGGCAGACUGAGGACUCCAGGAGGGAGCCUUGAUUCUCAAAUUUGUCUCUUUUUUUUGCGUUUUAUGGACUGUGUGCCGAGAGACCUCAAGUGACAGUGAUCUUCAAGCACCUGGGAGGUCCGGGUGAUAUUUCCUCCUCAUCUUUACGGAGGAACCAAGGGCUGGCGUCCAGAAAAAGCCUUAACUGUAGGAGGCUGCCUGACCAGCUCCAUCUCUGCCCACUCAGCGGGCGGCCAGGGCCUUCACCCCAGGGGAGCAAGGCAACUACUCUGCCCAGAGACCAAAAGAAAGGGACAGAGGGACGGACCUUGAUGGACAAACUGGUUGUUUCUAUGUUUGAGGGCCAGUUUAGGGAUGUGGGGGCUGUGGUGGGGUGGGAAAGUGAUUGACAGCUCCCUGGGGGCAUCCCCCACCCCCACAGCUCAGACCUUUAACCCUUUACACCCCCUUCCUUUUCUGUUCCUUACCCC